GGUCCUCGUCCGCGGGACUUGCUCCCGCCACGGAGGGGAAGCGUGCCUGUCCCGCGGAUUUCUCUCUUGAGCUCUGUCGCCGGGCGCUUUGUUUUGGUCUUCCCAGGACUUGGCCGAGUUGAGAGUCUAGGGGAUGAGGACCCGGGUCCUUCCCUUUCCUGGAGACCACUCAGGGCUCACUCGGUGCCUUGCGCUACAGUGCACGCUCUCGAGUGUUUGCUGAUCGCUUCUUGCCGUGACCGCCGAGCGAAGGGAGGCUCGGGUCCCGGGGUUGCCCUUUUGUUGGGUCCUUCGCAGCAGCCCUCAGCCGCAAGCGAGCGUACUCACAGCCAGCACGUGUGGAGUUCUUGUGCCAUGCCAAGUAUUUUGAUAUCGACUGUCUACUUCCGCCCCCAGUUCAGUGAGAUACAAUGGUUUCCGUGCUACACUGGAAACCCAGGCUGAAGGAAGGUCCCUACGGUUAGUAAAUGUUGCUUCGUGAGCAGGUUAGCUGGAUCAAACACCAUCACUCAAACUAGUAUCUCACUCUUCCUAAGAAACAGGUUCAGAGAAGCUGAGUGGCUUGUCUAAAAUACAGUAGCUAGUUCUAGAACUAACGUAGCUCCUAGGAGGUGUUUGAUGACCCUGCGGGUGGAACUGAAGAGGGCACAGGCCAGGCUGUGCAGCAGGUUACAACUUGGAGGGGCCUGACGAAGGAGCUGCUUGCUAAGAGGCGUCUGGAUAUUGUGUGUGCAGAGACGAUGUCUGUGGGUGGGGGACUCGGCUGCGGUAAGAGGGGCAACAGUGGGAGGAAAAUGGAGCCAAACUCCCUGGCUCUCUGUUGUCUCCACUCCUAGCGUUGUGACCCUGGUUAAAUUACUUCACCUACCUGGGCCCAUUUCCUCACUGGUGCAGUGGAUAAUAAUAAUAGCUAACACGGUAGAGUGUUGUAGUAAAGGGUUUUUAUACACAUGAAACACCUAGAACGGUGUUUGGAUAUGGUAGGUAAAUAAAUAGAGCAGAUUCGCUGAGGCAGAAAACUUGAACCCGGAUCUCUGACGGCUGGUGCAGAGCUCUCCGGUAUGUUGUUUGCUUCAUUUGCAUCGUUCAUCUACAGAUGGGGCAGUGUGGGACAUAGUUCUGUCGCACAUCUCUCCUGUGUCUCUAGGGACACAGGGAGAAAAAGAGGAAGUCAGGAAGCUUUGCCUAAGUCUCAGGUCAUUCCCGGUCACUAGGUAGCCGGCUUCCUGGGUCUUCCCUCCCAAUCCCACCGUGGGAACGCGUUUAGAACAUUUGUGCUCAGCACUGUGGGCACAGUGGAGGGACCCAGAUGCACCUGAUGGGGCUUCUACUCAGUAACAGCUUAUAGCCCAGUUGUGUAAACAGGAACAGAACACAUAAAAAGACGGUGAGUGAUCCUACGUGGUGUCCUACUUGGGUUGAGGUUUUAUGAUGUCUGUCAACAGUGCCAGCUCUAGAACCAGAAGGCCAAAGAGUCGUUACUGAGGAGUAGCAUAGUUUAGGAGGGCUUCCUGGACUAUGAUCAUCCGAGACCUGUGAGCACUGGGGCCUAGGGAGCUCUGUGCUGGUCCCUGCCCUGUGAAACGUGUAGUAGGGAGACCGCUUUCUGUUGUGUUGGAGCAAGCGCUAUGGGACGCUGUGGGCAGGAGAUGGGGACUCCAGCUGACCUGGUGAACGGGGAGAGGGAGGCCAAGGAUGGGACCUUGGAGUCUGAGGGAUGAGCUGCUGCUUCGGCGGAGUUUCAGGGCAUAGACCGCCCCUUGACCAGAUUGGCUGCCUUGGCUAUAUAAGCUGCUGUAGCAACUGAAAUAAACGAGUCUGCAGGCUGCUCGCCUCAGUCCUGCUUUCACUGGACUCCUGCGGUCUGUGUGGUGACUCCGGGCCUCUUGCCUCCACUAUGUUCUUCCUCUCAGAAACAAAUCAACUGCAACAAAGGUUGACUCUUUUUUUUUGUUUUCUAAUAUUUAUUUGAAAGUCAGAAUUACAGAGAGAAAGGGAGAGACAGAGAAAGAGGUCUUCCAUCUGCUGGUUCACUCCCCAUUGGCUGAAACGGCCAGUGCUGGGUUGAUCUGAAGCCAGGAGUCAGGAGCUUCCUCUGGGUCUCCCACGUGGGUGCAGGGGUCCAAGUACUUGGGUCAUCUUCCGCUGCUUUCCCAGGUGCAUCAGCCGGGAGCUGGAUCAGAAGUGGAGCAGCUGGGACUUGAACCCAUAUGGGAUGCUGACACUGCAGGCAGAGGCUGAACCUUCUACGCCGCAGUGCUGGCCCCAAGGCAAGGCCAUGCCACCUGCUGGGAAGGUGCCCCGGAAGGAGAACCUGGGGCUGCAGUGUGAGUGGGGGUCCUGCUCCUCUGUGUGCUCAGCCAUGGAGGACUUCUGCGAGCAUGUCACUCAGCACCUGCAACAGCACCUGCGUGGUUCCAGGGAGGAGGAAGAGGAGGAUGACCCGCUUGGGGAAGAAUUCUCCUGCUUGUGGCAGGAGUGUGGCUUUUGCUCUCUGGACAGUUCUGCUGAUCUCAUCCGCCACGUCUACUUCCACUGCUACCACACCAAGCUGAAACAGUGGGGGCUGCAGGCCUUGCAAAGCCAGGCAGAUCUCAGCCCCUGCAUCUUGGACUUCCAGAGCCGGAACAUCAUCCCUGACAUCCCUGACCACUUCCUGUGUCUGUGGGAGUACUGUGAGAGCACCUUCGACAACCCUGAGUGGUUCUAUCGGCACGUGGAAGCGCACAGCCUGUGCUAUGAAUACAAAGCAGUUGGCAAGGACAACCAUGUGGUGCUGUGUGGCUGGAAAGGCUGCACCUGCACCUUCAAAGACCGCUGUAAGCUUCGAGAACACCUCCGCAGCCACACCCAGGAGAAGGUGGUGGCCUGUCCCACCUGCGGGGGCAUGUUUGCCAACAACACCAAGUUCCUGGAUCACAUCCGCCGCCAGACCUCCCUGGAUCAGCAGCGCUUCCAGUGCUCUCACUGUUCCAAGAGGUUUGCCACAGAGCGGCUCUUGCGGGACCAUAUGCGCAACCAUGUGAAUCACUAUAAGUGCCCCCUGUGUGACAUGACCUGCCCGCUGCCUUCCUCCCUCCGCAACCACAUGCGCUUCCGCCACAGUGAGGACCGGCCCUUUAAAUGUGACUGUUGCGACUACAGCUGUAAGAAUCUGAUCGACCUCCGGAAGCACCUGGAAACGCACAGCAAGGAGCCAGCCUACAGGUGUGAUUUCGAGAGCUGCACCUUCAGUGCCCGGUCCCUCUGCUCCGUCAAGUCCCACUACCGCAAAGUGCACGAGGGGGACUCGGAGCCAAGGUACAAAUGUCAUGUGUGUGACAAGUGCUUCACACGGGGCAACAGCCUCACCGUGCACCUUCGCCAGAAGCAUCAGUUCAAGUGGCCCUCGGGGCACCCCCGUUUUCGGUACAAGGAGCAUGAAGACGGCUACAUGCGGCUGCAGCUGGUUCGCUAUGAGAGUGUAGAGCUGACUCAGCAGCUGCUGCAGCAGCCCCCAGAGGGGUCUGGCCUGGGAUCAGCACUGAAUGAGAGCAGCCUGCAGGGCCUCAUCCUAGAACCAGUGACAGAGGAGCCAGGAUCUAAGGAAGAGGCGGAAGAGGAGGAGGAGGGCAGGGGUGGUGAGGGGACAGCCCUCUCAGCCUCUCAGGACAAUCCCAGCCCUGUCAUCCACAUGGUGAAUCAGACCAACACCCAAGGCCAGCGAGAGAUUGUCUACUACGUGCUGGCUGAAGCCCCCGGAGAGCCCCCGCCAGCUCCGGAGCUGCCUUCAGGAGGCAUCAUGGAGAAGCUUCCAGAACUUGCUGAAGGGCCAGAGGUCCAUACUGCGUGAAGGCUGCAGAGCCUGGCUACUUCUACCCCGGCCCCGGAGUUUGAGCUGGGGGUGGCAGUGCCCCAGCAGGCGGCUCUUGCAGCCAGAUACCUUAGGAGUGACGUGGAGAGCAGUGCACACUGCUCUUCUUGGGCUUGCAUGGUUCUGCGGGCUCUCAGGACUUCCCUUUCUGCCAGACUGCAUUUUCUGGGGGUCCUUAGCUACUUGGAUUCUCUGAAGGGAUCCUGGCUGUAUGUGUUCUUGGUAAGGGGCUGUGAUCAGGCUUAACCGUUAUUCUGUAGACGUGCUAGACCAUGCUGAAUUCCUUACUCAGCUUACGUCCAUUUCCGUGCCACACCCCCUAUAAGGGCUUUUUGUUGCCAUCAGCCAAGGCAUUAGGAACCAGGCAUCCAUUUCUCUUAGGGGUUCCUACAACAGCAAGGACUCUACGGUUAUCCUCAGGGACGGGCUUGGAGGCACUGAAUGUGUGUGGUAGUUGUUUUUUAUAAUAAACACUUGGACUGGAACUCAUUUCUUCCUAGGUAUAGUGAAAGUUAACUGGGUAGCAAGAGGUACAUCUUUCCGGAAGAGGAGCUGAGUAAUCAGACUUGUUCCCCUUUUAGUGCCUGGUGUGGCUUGUUUCUGUUGUGUUGCUGCCUCUGCUACAGCCCCACUUUGGUGAAAUGUCUCUGUUCUUUCUCAGAGCAUUUGCCAUCUCCAUGGAGGCCCCAAGCAUUUGGACAUGAGUGGGCCGCAGAUCUAUGGCAUAGAUGAGAAUGGGGCUGACCGGGAAGAUGGAGCAGCUGAGCACGGCCACACUGAUCAGAACCCAGUGCCCCUGGGGUAAGGUUCCUUACCUCUGGGGCUGUGGGAGGAAGGGAGAGCCUGGGUGGUUGGGAGGCUCCCUGGGGAAUGGCAGGUGCUGCAGGGGGCCAGGAACAAACUGCAUUUUCCUGGGGGAUAGGGUCUGUUUUCAGUAGGUUUUCACCGAGGCUGAAACACCUCCAAAAUAAAGACAUUCUCUAGGCUGCUUUGGCUACUUCUCAGUACGCAGUGUUCAUUCUGUCUGCUGCCUUGGAGAGGCCAAGGAAAUACUCUGAGAGUCUGAGAUGACCAGGAAGUUGCCUAAAAGGGAUUCUGGAUCUGUUAAAGGACUUGCUUUAAAUUCUUACUGCAAAAAAC